CAACGGCUGCCAGAAGCGCGAGGGAGGGAUUGAAGGAAGGAGGCGCUUCCUCCAGGAGUGCCACACUCGCGCAGGGAAGGAAAAGAGGAGCGCGCGCGCCGCAGUGCUGUCGUGUUGGGCGGCUCAGUUGGUUCUGCGGUCCUUUCAGGGCGCGGCCCACGCGCGAAGAGAGCCAUUUUAACCACCUGGCUGAGAGGAGGAAGAGGAGGCUCUCCUUCCCUGCCUUCCCCCACGGAGGCCAAGCUGGGCAUGAGCGAGGGCGAGGCGGGGGCCACCCCUUCUUUCGAGAUGACCUGGAGCAGCACCACCAGCAGCGGCUACUGCAGCCAAGAGGACUCCGACUCCGAGCUGGAACAGUACUUCACCGCCCGGACCUCCUUCAUCCGAAAGCCCCACAAGGAGAAGAAGGAUGAGCUAAUUGACUGGGAGAAGCCUAUUCUGUCACAGACUGAGAUUGAGCAGAAGAUAAAGGAAUAUAAUAGUCAAAUCAACAGCAACCUUUUUAUGAGCUUGAACAAAGAUGGUUCCUACACUGGCUUUAUCAAGGUGCAAUUAAAGCUGAUCCGGCCUGUCUCAGUGCCUUCCAACAAGAAGGCACCCUCCAUCCAGGACACCAGGAAAAGCUCCUCCCGCAGCCAAGCUGUAAAACGUCGUACCUCUUUCUAUUUACCCAAGGACACAGUUAAGCACUUACACAUAAUUUCUCGUACAUGUGCCAGUGAAGUCAUUGAGGCCCUCCUGAAGAAAUUCAUGGUAGUUGACAACCCUCGCAAGUUUGCCCUCUUUGAGAGAACAGAAAAAGAUGACCAAGUAUAUCUCCGCAAACUUUCUGAUGAAGAGCAGCCUCUGCGUCUUCGACUGCUAGCUGGACCUAGUGAAAAGACACUGAGCUUUGUUCUGAAGGAGAACGAAACAGGAGAAGUCAAUUGGGAUGCCUUCAGCAUGCCUGAGCUGCAAAAUUUCCUGCGUAUCCUGCAGCGCGAAGAAGAGGAACAUGUUCGGCAGAUCCUGCAAAAAUAUGCCAAUUGCCGCCAAAAGAUGCAAGAGGCCUUGGCUACCUGCACACCAGGUUGACAGACUGCCCCAUCCCCAGUCUGGCACUCCAGUAAAUGGAAGAUGGCAGAUGCACAGAAGCGGUGAAACCGAAUGGACCACAAGUGAAGCAAUCCUGGGACUGUCUGUGGACUGAAUGUAUCCUGGAGGGGGUGGGGAAGGGAGAACAGGAAUGUGUGGAUCUCCUUGUGAGCCCAUGAUUGGUGCAUGUGUGUGUGCUCUCCAUGGAGUGAGUGGUUAAUACAGAUGUUGCAUGCAUGACACAGUGGGAUCAGGGAGGGAAGUAAGAAAGUGUCUGUGGGAUGUAUCUGAAGAAAAAAAAAUCCUUAAUAAUAGUGUUGUAACAGCUGCUUUUGAAAGUGCCAAGAUGCUAUGCCAACUGUACCCACAGACUGGCUGAGUUUUGUUCAUCUGGGCUUGAGUCUAAAGAUGAUUUAAGAUUCUGAAUGUAACAUCAACCAAAGUGACCUAAAACUCAGGUGUAAUUCCCGAGAAAAUAGAUGUACUUGACAAGCACUUUCCUCUAAAAUGUUGGCUUUAUGUUUUUUAAUCUGUCUUGGUUUGAAGUCUUUCUUGGACUCAUCAUACAAAACAAAGGAGAAUAAAAUCUGUCUCACAUCUGAGUCAGGGAGAACAAUUGGACCGAAAUCUCGUGGCUUGUGAUCAAAAUCAAAAUGCCAAAGGAAGCUCCAGUAAUAACUCAAAAGGAAAGCCUGAAGAGUUCUUGGUAAUUAUUCUGACACAAAAAAGAACAUGUAACUCCAAAGACAUCAUUAUUGCAGUUCUUACUGUUAGUCUUAAGAUGACUGUUGAUCAUGUUGAUUUUGAAGAAACAAAGUCAAUAAAUGACCCAUACAGAAUAGAGUAGCUCUCCAAGAACUGAAAAUAUACCACAGAGGAAGGAAUAAAGGCUCUUUUUCUUUA